UUUUAUUAUGGCUUCUUUUAUAACGUCUAAUUCAUCUACUUUGACAGGUGAUACAAGUAUUGAUACUAAAAUUGAAUGUGGCAUCAACAGUUUUGAAAAAUCAGAAGCUGAAUUUACAGCCAGCAUGAGCCAAGAUGAAAAGAAAUUGGUUCGAAGAUUAGAUCUGCGUAUUAUGCCACUAUUUUGUCUGUUUUAUUUUGCAGAUUUUCUUGAUCGAGCCAAUAUUGGCAAUGCAACUUUAGCAGGACUUCAGGCUGAUCUUAAGUUGACAGGCUCGCAAUUAAGUACAGCAAUUUCAGCUUUUUUUAUUACCUAUAUUAUAUUUGAAGUGCCAUCGAAUAUUAUACUCAAGAAAACUAAUGCAGCAAAAUGGUUAUCGUUUAUUAUGCUCGUUUGGGGAUUAGCUACUUUGCUGACUGCAUUUGUCAUUGAUUUUACGGGUUUACUUGUGGCAAGAUUGAUCUUGGGAGCAGCAGAAAGUGGUUAUAUUCCAGGCAUCAUGUUUCUAUUAAGCAAAGUUUAUACACCACAAGAAUUCAGUUUUCGUGUAAGUAUCUUGAUCACCAUGGCCACACUCUCAGGCCUUGUCUCUGGGCCCUUAACGUAUGCUAUGUCUUGGCUAGAUGGCAAGAAUGGUUUAAAUGAUUGGCAAUAUCUGUUUAUUUUUGAAGGCGUGCCUACCAUUGUACUGGCUAUGGUUUCUUAUUGGUUUUUAUUUGAUGAUCUUCAGCAUGUUCACUGGUUAUCUGACGAACAAAAAAAACUACAAGCAAACCGUAUGAUGAUCAACCAAGUGCAGGAAAAGGAUUCUGUAUCACUGUCAACAUUCAAAACUGUGUUUGGAGAUUGGAAAACAUGGGCAUUCUCGGUUGUGUUUUUGUUGAAUUCAAUCAAUAUUACUAGUGUUACUGUGUUCGCACCUUUUCUAAUUGAUGGGUUUGGGUUUUCGCCAUUGACUUCUCAGCUUCUGACAGCACCUCCAUGUGCAGUGGCUACUGUUGGUGUGUUGAUUGGAGGUUAUUUAGCUGGAAAAUAUAAUCGUCGAUCUCCUCUGUUAGUUGCUGGAUCAUUGAUUAUUGCUAUAGGAUAUCUUUGUCUUUUAGUGCUUUAUAACAAAUGGGCGUUGUAUGGUACAUUGUUUAUUAUACCCACGGGGGUUGGAUUACAAGCUGCUGCUGCUAUUGGCUGGUCUGCUAUUAAUUAUCCUGAUUUAACAGUACGAGCAGUGGCUGUUGCGGUUGUGUUGAUGAUUGGCAAUUUAGGCAGUAUCAUUGCAGCCUAUUUGUUUCAAUCUAAAGAUGCUCCAAGAUAUGUAUUUGCAGUGACAUUCAAUUUGAUUACAGCACUUGUGUCUGCAGCCAUAUCAGCAUGUACAGGAUUUUUGUUAUAUCGAGAAAACCUUCGACGUGACAAAAACCCUUCCGAUUGUAAUCAAUUCCGAUUCUUUUAUUAGUGAUUGAAUCAUGUAUAAACAAAGACCUUGCUCCUAUUAUAAAACUGUAUUCAUCAAUCAAAGCAGCAAAAAGCAGACUAUAAACGUAUCCAUAGUGUUUCACUGUUUGUUUUGCAUAUAAUCAAAAACAAGUAUCAAACUUGUUUAUUGUCAAAUUAUUGUAAUAGACAAUUAAUGUAUGAGAAACGC